CAUAUAUAAGGUGUAGUUCCACAACAAAACCAGUAAUGUGCACAUUUCCUCAUCAUGAUGAAGCUGAUUCUGUCUCUCGCUCUCAUCUGGAUGCUCUCCAGCACAGCUGGAGCUCUUCAGUGUCAGAAUACUCAAAAUUCUUCCCUGGUUGACUGUAAUAAAUAUUGUGCAGCAGCUGCCAUACAAAGCAGCUCAGGAGAACAACAGUCCAAGCUCUGUCUGUCGUCCUCCGUCUGCAAACCAAACAAUCAGACCUUCUCCUACAACAUCGGCUUUUCUAACCUCACUGCGUUUGUUCACUGCUGCAACACAAAUGACUGCAACCGACAGAAUGUGUCUUACCCUGUUGUUCAAGAAACAAACAAGCUACAGUGUCUCACCUGUGAUGAUGAUCAAAGUACUGUCUGUAACAAGAUAGAAUGGUGUGUGGGAGUUCAGGACCGCUGCAUUAGUGGGAGUGUGAUGGUUUCGAACAACAUCAAAAAAGCCUUUGGCUGUGCCUCGAAAAACCUGUGUGGAGAUACUCCUGAGCUGCGUUACCUGGAUGUCUAUCUUAACUUCACCAAUGGACCAAAAUGUUGUGGAACCAACCGCUGUAAUUCUGCCUGGACCGUCAAACUGAGUGUUGUUCCUUUUUUGCUUGGACUCAUUUUGCUUGUUGCCCGUUAGAACCAACCCGGUCUCACAGGAAGGCGUAUAAAUACCACGAAAUUACACGGACAUUCUGCGCGUCAUGAGUACACUUUUUAGCGUUUUCGUGUGUCAUUUGUACACCAUGCAAACGUCUGCAGUCAGCAAAAAUGGCAUGGUUGGGCUUAAAAUAAGUAUGUAAAACACGUACGGACACAACGUAACACAGCUACAGAAAACACGUCACAAACGUCAAUAAAAAUCAUGUGACGUCACUAACAUAACUUACAAAACAAAACACCAAUCAACAACGGUCUCGAACACGGGUCUCCUGGUUAAGAGUCCGGUGUUUGUUGGUGUUCCCACUUUGGCCCAUCCACCUCUCAACUCGCCCACUAUAAGUGGUCUUUCUUGCUUUUCGUACUGUGUCACUAACUUUUAAUGUAGCAUUUAUAUGCAGAGGCGUUUACAUUGCAGUGAGUACAGGAUAGGUGGCUUACAAAUGACACACGGAAAUCAAGAAAGGUGUACUUAUUGCACGCUAAACGCCUUGCACAUUAUUGUGGCAUUUAUACGGCUUUUCAUGCGAAUGGACGGGUUAGAACAAAGAGCAGAGCCUAACAUAGCAGGAAUUUAAACAAAAAAAAAUCUGAUUAGAACAAUAAGAGUUACAUAUUAUCAUAAAUGUUUGUGAUAUGUUUAUCAGUAUUUACAAUUUGAAUUUUAACUAAAUGGAAUUAACAUAGGUCAAUAGCAGAGUCACACCAAUGAUGCAUCCUAACACACAGAUUGUGCAGUGAAGCUGCAACAACACAAAUCAAUACAUGCAGACAUGUGGUGUGCAGAACAUACAAGUGAAAGAAAUACAAAUUAAAAUACAAAGCAAAAUUCUUGCUUUGUGUUGGCAAGCAAUUGCCUUUCUACAAAUCCGUCCAACAUUAAUAUUUGUUUAUAGUCGCUCUUGUGUCACAUGAUGAAUGAAAGUCAAAUUGUUUCCUCUUCUUUAGCUCUGGUUUGGUCUCCACCACCUCUGGCACUUUACAUUUAUGUUGUUAUGUUACGUGUAACAUGCCAUACUAUUAAUCAAAUGGUGAAUAUAAAAAUUAUGCUAAAUUUUUUUUUCUUGUCAUAUUUUUGCAGUAAUCUUUGGAAUAUAUAAGAAUAAUAACUGUAAUAUGUACUAACCACCAUAAUAAAAGUUAGAUGUUAAAAUGG